CGUAAGUGGCGGGCGGAAGCGGCCCGCGAGGCGCGCCGUAAACGGCUCCCGCGCGCCACUUCCGGCCGGGUUCCGCAGACGGCGCUGGUGGGCCAUCGUUAAGGCGCCGGAGGACGUUCCCCGCGGCAGGAGCCAUGGAGAUGCCUCUGCCGCCCGACGACCAGGAGCUGCGGAAUGUCAUCGACAAGCUGGCCCAGUUCGUGGCCCGCAACGGGCCCGAGUUCGAGAAGAUGACGAUGGAGAAGCAGAAAGACAACCCGAAGUUCUCGUUCCUGUUCGGGGGCGAGUUCUACAGCUACUACAAGUGCAAGCUGGCGCUGGAGCAGCAGCAGCUCAUCUGCAAGCAGCAGGCGCCGGAGCUGGAGCCGCCCCUGCCGCAGCCGCCGCCGGCCCAGGGCGCCCCGUCCAUGGACGAGCUCAUCCAGCAGAGCCAGUGGAACCUCCAGCAGCAGGAGCAGCACCUGCUGGCGCUCAGACAGGAGCAGGUCACGGCGGCCGUGGCCCACGCCGUGGAGCAGCAGAUGCAGAAGCUGCUGGAGGAGACGCAGCUGGACAUGAACGAGUUCGACAGCCUGCUGCAGCCCAUCAUCGACACGUGCACCAAGGACGCCAUCUCGGCCGGCAAGAACUGGAUGUUCAGCAACGCCAAGUCGCCGCCGCACUGCGAGCUGAUGGCGGGCCACCUGCGCAGCCGCAUCACGGCCGAGGGCGCGCACUUCGAGCUGCGGCUGCACCUCAUCUACCUCAUCAACGACGUGCUGCACCACUGCCAGCGCAAGCAGGCCCGGGAGCUGCUGGCCGCCCUGCAGAAGGUCGUCGUGCCCAUCUACUGCACCAGCUUCCUGGCCGUGGAGGAGGACAAGCAACAGAAGAUCGCGCGGCUCCUGCAGCUCUGGGAGAAGAACGGCUACUUCGAUGACUCCAUCAUCCAGCAGCUGCAGAGCCCGGCGCUAGGGCUUGGCCAGUACCAGGCCACGCUCAUCACCGAGUACUCGGCGGUGGUGCAGCCGGUGCAGCUGGCCUUCCAGCAGCAGAUCCAGACCCUGAAGACGCAGCACGAGGAGUUCGUCAACAGCCUGGCCCCACCCCAGCAGCCACCCAGCCCGACGACAGCAAGCCAGCCAUCCAGAUGCCCGGCUCCUCGGACUACGACUCCGCGGGCGGCGUCCAGGACCCUGCAGCCGCCGGCCCCCGGGGCCCUGGGCCCCACGACCAGAUCCCACCCAACAAGCCGCCGUGGUUUGACCAGCCCCACCCUGUCGCUCCCUGGGGCCAACAGCAGCCUCCGGAGCAGCCCCCCUACCCGCACCACCAGGGCGGGCCGCCCCACUGCCCCCCCUGGGGCAACAGCCACGAGGGCAUGUGGGGCGAGCAGCGCGGGGACCCCGGCUGGAACGGCCAGCGCGACGCGCCCUGGAGCAACCAGCCCGACCCCAACUGGAACAGCCAGUUCGAGGGCCCCUGGAACAGCCAGCACGAGCAGCCGCCCUGGGCCGGCGGGCAGCGCGAGCCGCCCUUCCGCGUGCAGCGGCCGCCGCCCUUCCGCGGGCCCUUCCCGCCGCACCAGCAGCACCCGCAGUUCAACCAGCCGCCGCACCCGCACAACUUCAACCGCUUCCCGCCGCGCUUCAUGCAGGACGACUUCCCGCCGCGCCACCCCUUCGAGCGGCCACCCUACCCGCACCGCUUCGACUACCCGCAGGGGGACUUCCCCGCCGACAUGGGCCCCCCGCACCACCACCCCGGCCACCGCAUGCCGCACCCCGCCAUCAACGAGCACCCGCCCUGGGCGGGGCCCCAGCACCCCGACUUCGGCCCGCCCCCCCAUGGCUUCAAUGGGCAGCCCCCCCACAUGCGGCGGCAGGGCCCCCCGCACAUCAACCACGACGACCCCAGCCUGGUCCCCAACGUGCCCUACUUCGACCUCCCCGCUGGCCUCAUGGCGCCGCUCGUGAAGCUGGAGGACCACGAGUACAAGCCCCUGGACCCCAAGGACAUCCGCCUGCCGCCCCCCAUGCCGCCCAGCGAGAGGCUGCUGGCGGCCGUGGAGGCUUUCUACAGCCCGCCCUCACACGACAGGCCCAGGAACAGGUACCGCUGGGGGCCGUGCGCCUGCACCCCCGUCAGGCGGGACCCCAGGACCCUCCCGAGGGUGACGCUGCGGUGUGGGGAGGCCGUGGGAGCACUCGCUGUAGUGCGGGGCCGCAGCUCACGCGCGCGGGAAUCCUCACCUGCAGGAGGCCCCGGGCGGCGCGGGGUGGCCGGGCUGAGCCGGCGGGGUCUCCACCGUGGCUCCCGUGGCUUUAGCGUUAGAGCGAGCUCUGGCGGAUGGCCCCGGGCCUGCGCCCCGGGCCUGGUUUUCCUUUAGUUGGAUACUUUGUCCUUUGUGUUUUCCCUGCCAUGUGGGCGGCCGCCUGUUCCCGGAGCGGAACGGAGCGGAGAGACCCUGGGGGCGGCCACGCGUUCCGCGCCGUCGACGGCACAGACACGUUCCUGCCAAGUCUCUUCAAGGAGAUGCCGUGUCCCUCCGGCCCUGUGCGCGGGCCCGGCCUCUGGUUUGUCCCCACGUCCCGUAGCUGUGACUCGUUCCGACGCGUCCGACCAGGGGACGCGCACACGUGCUGUUCACGACUUCUUGUGGAUUUUACUGUUUUGCCUUCAAAUAAAGACUUUUUUUAAA